UUCGUAUUGGUAUUUGGUAGGUAUAAAGUCAGUCGAACGCCACGCGUUGUUGCGUGCACACGUUGUAUAUAACGCGAUGUUCCGUGCCGUAUCUGUUGGUUGGAAAAAGUACUGGUGGGGAACAGGAGUACUCCCUGAUAGAACUAAUCGAAUAGAAGACAUUUAUCUUCGAGUCUUUAAUGGCACAACAUGCGAGGAAUAUGUCGACAUGCCAUUGGAACAAGCGCAUCGUGUGUUGGACGUCAAAGGCUUUGAUAAAGACAAACGGACGGUCUUAUACGUACACGGAUUCAUCGAAACCGCACAACAAGAGAGCGUACAGGUCAUGGUUAGCGCCCACUUAGAUGCAAGGCCGGACACAAACUUUAUACUCGUAGACUGGUCCAACAUGUCACAUGGAUCUUAUUUGGUCAAUGCAGCGAGAAACACUAAAAAGGUAGGAGCAGCAGUGGCUGAACAGGUCCACAAAUUAAUAGAAGACGGUGUACCGGUGGAGAAGCUGCAUUUGAUCGGUCACUCUCUGGGCAGUCAUGUCGCGGGCUAUAUUGCACGAGAGCUGAAAAAUAGAUACGGAAACACUGUUAAAAGGGUAACUGCAUUAGAUCCAGCAUUCCCUGGAUUUUACCCCGACGGGAUUUUAAUGGAACAUAUAGCGGAAAAAGAUGCCGAGUUCGUAGAUGUAAUACACACAGAUGCGGGAAUGUAUGGAGCUCCAGUGAGGACAGGAUCUGUGGACUUCUGGCCUAAUGGUGGGAAGAGUAUACAACCUGGCUGCCCGAGAUUUGCACCUGUACCUCUCUCAGAAGAUAACCUGUGCAGUCAUUGGCGAUCAUGGAGGUUUUACGCUGAGUCCGUUCGAAAUCCCGAAGCCUUUCCUGCGUCACCAGCGGAGUCCUAUCACAAGUUUAGAGAAAACGCGUCUCCUGAAGUAGGAAUGAUAUAUAUGGGAGCUAACUGUGAUACAAGUGCCCGAGGAUCUUUUUAUUUAACAACAAAUUCAAAAUCACCUUUUGGCAAGGGCUUGGACGGUAUUUAUUAUAAGAAAAAUAAGAAGAACAGCGAUAAAAAGAAAUGAAUCAUACUGCUUCAAUAUUUUCUUCUGUGAUGGUUCGAUUAUUAAUCUCAUAAGUAAUUUGAAUCCAGUAUUGUAAUAAACAAAGUUUUUCUCUAGACUGUAAAAUCAGCCAGAGUAAAAAUACCAAAGACAAUAAAAAAAAUUGUUCUCGAUAAAACCAAAGACAAUUAAAGCAAUUGUCUUUGGAAAAGAAAGAGAUGUUGUUU